AUGUUCUCAGCUUCUGUCCGGGGUGUGGCCCGCGUAGGCUCGUCAAUUACCUCUCGUUCCUUCAGCACGUCCACCGCCGCCUAUGCUGCCGAGGUUAAGUCCCUGGGUGUGAUUGGGGCUGGUCAAAUGGGUCUGGGUAUUGCUCUUGUUGCUGCUUCAAAGGCCCAGGUUCCUGUUACCCUGAUCGACAGUUCCCAGGCGUCUUUGGAUAAGGGUCUCACAUUUGCCGACAAGCUCCUCCAGAAGGAUGUUUCCAAAGAGCGCCUUACUCGGGAGGCUGCGGACGCCGUUCGUGCGCGCAUCACUCCCAGUCUGAACAUGGACGACCUUUCGUCGGUCGACUUUGUGAUCGAGGCCGUCCCCGAAAUCCCCGACCUCAAGACGUCAAUCUUCUCCAAGCUCGCUCAGAUUGCACCCAAGCAUGCCAUCCUCGCAACCAACACCUCGUCUAUCCCGAUCACUAAGAUCGCUGCUGCCACCACAGCAGAUCCGACAGAUCUCCAGGCUCCUUCCCGUGUGAUCUCCACUCAUUUCAUGAACCCCGUACCUGUUCAAAAGGGUGUGGAGAUCAUUGCUGGCCUGCAGACCUCCAAGGAGACCAUGGACACCGCCAUUGCCUUUGUGCAGCGUAUGGGCAAGGUUGCGGCCGUUUCGGCUGAUUCGCCUGGUUUCCUCGCUAACCGUAUCCUCAUGCCAUACAUCAAUGAGGCUAUCAUCUGCCUGGAGACUGGGGUUGGUGCCCGCGAUGAUAUUGACAGCAUCAUGAAGAAUGGGACAAAUGUUCCCAUGGGACCUUUGACCCUGGCUGACUUUAUUGGUCUUGAUACCUGCCUGGCUAUUAUGAAUGUCUUGCAUCAGGAAACUGGAGACAGCAAGUAUAGACCGUCUGGACUGCUCAAGAGGAUGGUUGAUGCUGGUUGGCUGGGUAAGAAGAGCGGAAAGGGCUUUUACGACUACUAA